UGCAGUUGCACAGUUGAGCGGCGUCGGGGGAGGCAAGUGGCGCAGGAGCUUGGACCUUUUGAGCAUUCCGAACUCGAUGUCUCCUUCUGAGAUUAUCGUUAACAUCACUACACCAGCAGCCCCUUUUGAAUUCUUUAGGGUUUUACUGUUGAAUUUGCGUCUCCAAACACUGUCCGAUCACUACACAUAAUUUAACUGCCACAAUGGACGUCAAAGAGCCCCUACUACCGUCUGAACCUCCGCCCUCGUACGAAGAUGCACGAAAGUCACCAUUGCCACACAACAGAUCGGCGUCGGGCGUACCAUUAGGCAAACGGCCUCCACCGGGACCUCCUCCACCACUCAACCUGCCAGCACUGAAUGAAUUGAGGGGGUCUAGAGUUGUGCUUGCGAGUGCGUCACCACGGCGACGACAACUUCUCGCGCAGAUCGGCCUUACAAAGAUUGACGUAUGCCCUUCUAAGUUCGCCGAAAACCUAGACCAUUCGCUCGGCGCGUUGAACUACGUCCUCGAAACCGCGUCGGCUAAAGCGCACGAUGUAUACAAGACCGAGAUCAACAACCGCGAGCGCGGCGAACCAGCCAUAGUCAUUGCCGCCGACACCAUCGUAGUGUCGCACGCUGGCAAAAUCCUAGAGAAGCCAAAGAGUGAGGCAGACCACAUAGCAACACUGAAGAUGCUGCGGGAUGAGGGCGAGCACAAAGUCAUGACGGCUGUGGCGGUGAUGAAGCCAUUAGAAUCAGCAGUAGACCCGGGAUAUGCUAUGGAAACACAUGUGGAGGAGACGACGGUCAAGUUCGACUCUACUGUUACCGAUGAGCUUAUCCUCGCAUACGUCAGAACACGCGACGGUAACGACAAAGCGGGCGGCUACGGUAUACAGACAGCUGGUUCUGUUCUCAUCGAGCGUAUAGAAGGAUCAUACGACAACGUUGUUGGCCUACCUCUACGGCAGACACUGAAGUUGAUAGAAAAGGUUAUGGAGCCUGAGGAGGAAGAGGGGGACUUCUUUGUGGAUAGCAGAGAAGAGGAGGACGACGAGUGAGAGCCGCUCAGCAUCCGCAUGAUAGCGUCAAUACCCGAUACAUCCAUCUCCGCAUAAGCUGUUGAAGAUAGCGUGCGGUAUACUGUCUCACGAGAAGUGGGUUGUUUUAGGUUGCGCUUAUUAGAGGCGC